AUGGCGGCCACGUCUGGGUACGAUGAGAAUGAGUUGCUGUGGGAUAUUCUGGGACCGCCGGAUUAUAAUAAUCUCGAUGAACCAACGCCAUGGUCCAAUAAGAAGUCGAACGUAAUGGGGUUGACGAUCACGUUCAUGAUUCUCUCAUGGUCGUUCGUCUGCUUCAGAUUGUUUGUGCGGUUCAGAGUUGUACGAUCUCCCUGGUGGGACGAUCUCUUUGUAGUACUAUAUCUAAUCACUGGAACAUGCGGCUCAAUUGCGCUGCUGUUGUCACUAUCAUUCGGAGCUGGUCAACAUACGCUCUUGUUGACGGUGGGACAAGCGGGACGAUACCUGGUAGCCUUCUACAUGUUCAAUGCUUGCUUGAACAUGGCCGCCACGUUUAUCAAACUCUCGCUCCUCUUUCAGUAUCUACGCAUCUUCGAAAAAGGCUCCUGGCCACACCGGGCGUCUCUCUUCACCAUCGGCUUGGUCACCAUGUGGGGGCUCGCGUACACGAUCUUGGCCCUCUUUCCGUGCUGGCCAGUCUCUGACUUUUGGUACUCUCCGGCCGGCGCCAAAUGCUGGGGUUACGGGGCGUGGUCCACGGCUGAGCUUACCGGCACCUUUUACAGCCAUACUGCCAUGAACAUGAUCCUCGAUAUCAUUAUUCUCGCCAUCCCCUUCCACCUCUACUUCAAGACGGACAUGACUUUUAAGAUGCGCAUGGGACUUUUGGCUCUGCUUCUCAUGGGUGCCUUGGUCAACUUCCUUUCGAUCUGGCGACUGCAAACUCUUGUUGAACAUCAGGCAGGACGCUACCCAACCCACGACCCAUCAUGGUACGGACCAAUCUCGCUGAUCCUAGCAACGCUCGAGUGCGACUGUGCGAGCAUCUGCGCCUCGGUGCCCAUCUUCUGGCCGGUGCUAUCGCCAUACCUGGGCGCCAUCUUUGUGACGCAGGAAGUCAGCGUCGAGCACGAGUACCGCGACGCGGAGGACGCCGAGUCGGGCCACAAAGCCCGCAGCCCCAGCACCAGUGCCAACAGCUUCAAGAGCCUGCCCCUCGGCCGCCCCUCGAGCCAGACCGAGCUCAAGCAGCUAGAGGUCACAACUAGCACCAAUGCCAUGCAUUACUUUUACGAUGACUCGGGGUCGACGCCCCUCGAGAGGUCGCAGUCGCAGCAGCCCGGUACUCAGACGCGCGUCAGGAGCGAUAGUGUCAGGGAUAAGAAGAGGGGGUGGGUGCAAAUCUGA